CGUCAGCUCAUAGAGUGAACAUCAAGGUUUUUGAACUCGAACGAAAUUUUGAAAAAGAUUAACGGAAAGAGAAUGUUGUUUAAAGUGCUGUUGUGCCUCUGUCUUCUUCAAGUAAUGGUGUCUGCGAGGCAGUCAGGUUAGCAUCUUUGUUUUUAACAUAUUUUCAGGCGAUAUUUCGUAAAAUCACGUCGCGUUGUCGAAUCGCGUCCGGUUUGUCUGGACCUUAACCGAGCGACGUUUUUGCCAACACGGACGUCACGCGAAAAUUGGUACAACUCACUUUGGCGGCAUUUGGCAUCAUAGCCCUUGUGUAAGGAAGCAAAAAAAUUUAAAAAUCUUAGAUUUUCUCAUAUGUGUUGGAGAUUACCACAAACUGACACAAACACAGUUUCUAAUCCAGCCCCCCCCCCCGCCCCCCUUGGCAAUGAAUCUGACGUCCGUGUUGACAAUGUUACCAAAGUGAUGAUAUUUCCCAAGGGGCUUCGUACCGAGGGAAAUAUCAUCAUUGAUGGUAAUAUUUCGCCGAUUCCCCCGAGCACAGGGUCUAUAAAUGAUAUAUUAUACCGAAAGUUAAAGAACCCAAUACGUUAAUUUUUAUUUAUAUCCGAGUUUUUUACGUUUCCCCUUAAAAAUGUGUUUUCUACAAACCAAAGCAAAAACACAACAACAAUGCGUGUUUCGUGCACCCCCUAUAGGAUUCUGGAGAAAGAUUGCCUCCGAUAAAUGCGUUGGAGCCAGGAACAACCAUUAUAAAGAGUUUACAUACACUGGGCCACACACUUUCAUUAUUGCCAUGAAAAUGGUACACAAGAAAGGCAGAAUUGGAUGCGUUGACUCGGCGUAUACACGUUGGGGAUGCAGCAAUUCACAUCCUAUCAACAUCAUUGUCACAGGUGAACUAUCAGUUUAAACUUAAUUGACAAUGGAUAGCUUUAUCUGUUCUGAACUGUUCUACGUACAAACCCAGUAAGGAUCAUCUCUUAUACCUGUGCCACGGAGGUAAAAGGCACAUGCACUUUAUACUAUGUCACCAAGGCACUAACAACCUAAAGUAAAAGUGGUGCGGAAAGGGCGACCCCCUAGAAAAUCUCCACCCCCUUGAUGUCAGAUGAGUCGAAGUAAUAUAAGAUCAUUUUAAGUGAUUGAGUGUUGUUUAUUUCAGAUACAAGAGACAAACUCAUCUACCCUUCUCCAACAUUGGUAAGCACUCGUACAGGUGGAUGGUAUGAUCUGCCUGGCUACGAGGAGAACUCCCCAGAGCUCGUGUUCUCUGACCCAGGGUUUCGCUACCUGUACUAUGGCCAGAAAAUUAGAAUCUGGUAUGGAGAAGAUUUGCACAAGUGGCAUGAGGGAAACAAUCAUGGAUACACAUGCAUGGAUGUUUAUGUUUAUAGUACAAAUUUUUAAUAAUUAGGCCCAGAACUGCUCUUUAGAUCGCAUGGAAACGACCGCCCGAACAGGACUCUCUUUUGUCUUACAAAGAGUUGUUUAAAUCAGCUGUAGUUGCUUUUUUUUUAAAGAGUGCUCAGCCAUGUGACAUUGUUUUCUCUUCCAGAAAACAUUGGCUUUAUAGUAGCUUCCAAUAUUGUAUAAUCGCUUAGUAACUGGAAUAACGUCGCUUUAGGCUUUAAAACUAGUAUGGUCUUUUUUCCUGAAGAAAAAACAACUUAAGUAAUGUUUCAAAUAAUCAUAUAUGUGUUGAUAAAUAAAGAUAUAGCAGCAAUUGCAUUUGCCAUGUCUUUGUCUAUAUAGCUUAAUUUGAACUGAUAUUUUAAGAAAAUAUGGUUCUCAAUGAUCAUGAAGAACUUUUUCUAUUUAACUCAAACGCCCUCCCCAAUACCACAAAAAUAGAUGACAAUUUGACCAAAUCCUGGGGAUGGAUGAAAGUUUUAACCAUUCCUACGAUUCAAUCUUAUUCAUACCAUCAACGUCCAAAAUGUUUUGCAUAAUUAGUCGAAUCUUCAAACGUUACAUAAGCUGAUAGAGUAACAGGGUCUACCGGAAGUACGCACAGGGGCGCAUUAAUCAGGGGUGGAAAAGCUAUUUUAAUUUUUGGCACCGCAAGACAGUCAUUGAAUGCAUAUAAGGAUCCCCCGGUAUAUAAUUUCAUUCACGGAGAAUCAUUGCAUUUUUCCAGGCCGAGGACUUAUUCAAGUCUGAAGAAUAAAUUCACGUAUAAUCCUACGACUUCAUCCAGUCCCGAAGACUGUAUUAAACUUCGUCCAGUCCUAGAACUGGAUCCAACUUCAUCCAGUCUAGGACUUGAACAAACUUCAUCCAGCCCUAGGACUUGAUCAAACUUCAUCCUGUCCUGUAGGAUUUGGUCAAAUUUUAUCUAGUCCUAGGACUUGAUCAAACUUCAUCCAGUCCUAGGGCUUGAACAAAUUUCAUCCAGCCUUAGGACUUGAUCAAACUUCAUCCUGUCCUGUAGGACUUGAUCAAAACUUCAUCCAAUCCUAGGACUUGAUCAAACUUCAUCUAGUCCUAGGACUUGAUCAAACUUCAUGUAGUCCUAGGACUUGAUCAAACUUCAUCUAGUCCUAGGACUUGAUCAAACUUCAUCUAGUCCUAGGACUUGAUCAAACUUCAUCUAGUCCUAGGACUUGAUCAAACUUCAUUCAGUCCUAGGACUUGAUCAAACUUCAUCUAGUCCUAGGACUUGCUCAAACUUCAUUCAGUCCUAGGACUUGAUGAAACUUCAUCCAGUCCUAGGACUUGAUCAAACUUCAUCUAGCCCUAGGACUUGAUCAAACAUCAUUCAGUCCCAGGACUUCACAAUACUCCAAACAAGCAUAGUUUACGCGCUAUAAAGUAUAACUGGGGUGUCACUUGGGUGUGAUUUAUCUCGCUACUAAACCUCGCUAAAGCGCCUAGAACAGUCUUGGUUUGUGCGCUAUAUAAAUGUUUAUUAUUAUUAUUAUUAUUAUUAUUAUUAUUAAAUAGAGACCUUACGAUUUUAGGACGGCAACGGCUACCAAUACAAUAGAUCAUUGAAAAGAAUUGAGUAAUUACAAUAUAUGAAUAAUUUUAGACAUUGUCCUCGCUCUGUUUACAACGCCAAAUCACUGAUUUUCACGUCUUGACACAACGGCUGCAUCCCAAGCCACAACAAGUACAACUUCAAACUGGGUUUAUAGCAGAACUCUUCCCAACCAGAAAACCCAUGUCUUCAACUUCUAAAACUGUAUUAAAUUCAUAUGAUUGAUAAUAUACGACAAACUAUCUUUACUAUACCAUUUAUUUGAAGGAGUUUGUUUUGGCCGUCGCCGUCGCGUUGCCUUCCUAAAAUCGUAAGGUCUCUAAUGACGAUUGAUAACGCAACGCAUGAUCAUAAUAUCACCCAAUCAAAUUUCGUUUCCAUUAAUUAAAAUCGUCGUUGCAAAUCAUAAGUAGCCUACUUUAGUAUAUUAAUCUUAUAAAGGUGAAUUUUAAGUAAGGAAUUGUGUGAAUUUUAAGCUUCAGCCUUUUAUAUUUAUAAAAAAAUACUUAAGCUUUUAUUAUGUAAGUACAGGAACUAGAAAACUUCAGCUAAAACAGCUAAUUCAAAAAAGGUUGUCCUUUGCAAACCUUAAACUCAAAACCUUAAACCUUAAACUCAAAGCGUGCAAAGCAUAAUUCUAGCAUGAUUUAAUUAGUUAAUAAAUCAUAUAUGGGGACCAUUUCUUAGAGACAUGGUAAAUAUCUCCUUACGAGAACAAUUCAUUCACAAAUAGCUGCAAUAUUCAACUACUAAGCUUGAAACUUGUGUUCCCAUUAAGCAUUAGAGUUCAAGGUUUGCAAAGGACAACGGUUUACAUGUUCUUUAUUCUGUAUUGUGCGCUGGUAAGACCCAAGCUAGAAUACGCAAGCAGCGUGUGGUCGCCUUACACCAUUAAGCAUUGUUUGCUCAUCGAGAAUGUUCAUGCAACGGCGGGCCACAAAAUUUAUCUUGAAUUAUCCUGACAACAUGUCGUACGUGGACCGGUUGCAGAAAACAAAUCUUCUACCACUGGAAUUCCGAAGAGAACUUUCUGAUCUGAUACUGCUGUUCAAAUCCAAACACCACCUCAUAACAAUGGAUAUAAACAAAUAUUUAUGCACUUACAAUCCCAGCUAUCAAUCUCGCAACUAUGACGAAAAUAACUUCCACCUCAUUAUAAAACAUAAUCAGGAAUACUUUCAAAACUCUUACUUUAUUAGAUUAGCAAAACUUUGGAACAGCCUACCAACUGAAAUUAAGAAAUCCAGUAGUUUAUGUUCGUUUAAAACUCGUUUAAAUAACUUAUAUAGUAUCAAGUCAAAAUCAUACAAACUUCCUAAUAACCGUAGCUAAUAUUUAGUUUUGUGAAGAAAAUGUUUGUAAUAUAAGUACUAAGUAUUUAGUUUAGUUCAGUAAAGUUCACUCACUAGCUCGGUGUAAGAACAACCGUUAAUCAGUUAGAAUUUAUAUAAUGAUCAAGUUCAGAUUAGUGUUAAGCUUUCGUUUGUUCUCACACCGAGAAAGUGCCUAUGAAGUAUAUAUGGGGUGAGGUAUUAAUUGGGACGUAAGUCCUGUUCCACAUUCCAGUCACGUGUGUUGUCUUGUAGCUUGUUAUGUAUAUUGUUUAUCAGUGCCAUUGUAAAUAUUUGUGACAAAUUUAAUAAUAUAUAUAAUAUAACGGUUUUUGAAUUGGCUGCAGUAUAUCAUUAGUUCUAAAGUCUUCUCCCAUGCUUCAUUGGUACUAACAUUAACCAAGAGCGCCCGCUUGCUAGAUAACUUUCAGUAUAUGCAAGUUGGUCAAAGGAAUGAAUAUAGUUUGAAUUACUUCAUUAUUUUGAACCUUUGAUGAGACUGCCAACUUUGAAAAAAUUUUACUCGCUUAUAUGUAAGGUCGUAUGUUUAUUAAAAUUACAAAUCAAAUGUGACUAGGAUCCAGCUAGAAAAGUUGUACAGUAAUAACUUAUACUACAUUUACAUGUUCUUUCUUCCUAAAAUGCAGUCUUAAAAUAUAGUCUUGCAAAGUUUGCAUAUUUUCAGUAUAUUUGUAUUACUUGCGGAAAUUGUUACCAUUUUUGAGCCGAAAAUGGUAACAAUUUCCGCUCGUAAUACAUUAUACUGAAAAUUUGCAAACUUUGCAAGGCUAUAUUUUCUAAGCUUUACAACAUUUCGCAACCAAAUUUUGCACUUUAACUAAUUUCAGUAUGUUCUUUUUAGCUGUUGUGUUUUAUCCCCUUUUCUCCGCUUAGAUUAAAAUUUAGUCUAACAUGCAAGUUGUCCAUUAUAGUGUUUAUAAGAAAAUGUUAUAAUAAGACCAAUCAUUGUCGAUUUUGCAUGAUAUAUGAAGAUAUGACUAUCUUCAACAUUUUUUCCGUGCCUUAAACAGAAAACAUUGAUAUUUGUUUUCAACAUCUUGUAAGCCUUUAAAUGAUAUACAUGCAGUAUAACAUGCUCACAAAUAUUUGAUCUAAUAGAAAAGUUUCUGCGAAACACGCGGCUCGCUGCAGUAUUCACGGGUGAUUCGCAUAUUUUAGGUGCCUCGCUGACUCACAAUUUUUAUAUGCAGACCCAACAAGAUUGAUACUUUUAAAUAACAACGAUGAUGAAUUAGCCUUUCUCACGAUGACGAAUAUCCGCCAUUUCUGGGUGGCACCUAAUUCUCGUUAACCAAUGCAGACAAUUAAAACAAUGUGAAAAGCAAUUUUUCAAAAUAAACUAACCAUUUAUUUUAUACAAAGCAAAUUUACCAUCAUUCGUCGAAAAAUUAUAAAAAAGUCGCUAUUAUGUGGACUUAUCUCGCAGACUUCGGCUGAAAUGCCACCCAAAAAUGGCGGCGUGAGAAAGGAUAAUUGACAGUUCAGAAACUGCAGUAGAGGGCUAUAGUCGUGCUAUAUGCUAAUGACAUGCAUCUAAAUUGGUUAAACAUUUCUAAAGGUUUGAAUACAAAUCAUCAAAAAUGUGCAUGCUAUAUAUUCGUAUAUACGUCCCAUGCACUUUUUUGCAUCAGAAUGGUUUAUAAAUUAGGAACUCCCGUUCCGACUUCCUAGGUUACGACCAUUUUUACACAACAGAUAUAUAGUUUUUGUUCACUGGCGUCGAACUUAGUAGCCUUACUCAAUUAUGUCAUGAGACAAAUUUACUACACUUCAUUAUAUUUUAUUUCGUGUUAUUUCCCCGAGUUAGGCCUUUACAUAGCGGCGUUUUAAUCAUUUUAAUAAGAAUUUUUAAACACAUCUAAGAAUUUUUAGUAAUUUUUAAUACAUUAAUAAUAGGAAUUUUUAAACACAUGUGACAUGCAUGUAUAAAGACAUCUUAGUAAGAUCACAUGCCAGCAAUAUGCUGAAACGAAAUGCAAAUUAGCUACAAUGCAGUUAAAUUAGCUGUUAAAAAAAUGUUAAAUUAUCAGAAUAUUAUACAAUACGACAACACUGCUGUUUUCAUAUCACACGUCAGCUCAUAGAGUGAACAUCAAGGUUUUUGAACUCGAAUGAAAUUUUGAAAAAGAUUAACGGAACGAGAAUGUUGUUUAAAGUGCUGUUGUGUUUCUGUCUUCUUCAAGUAAUGGUUUCUGCGAGGCAGUCAGGUUAACAUCUUUGUUUUUACAUAUUUUCAGGCGAUAUUUUACACGGUUUUGCCAAGAAAGCUUGUGUUCAAUGUUUGCUUGGUCUAAGGACUGUGUUUCUGACGCUUGUAGGUUUGCAGGUCGACCAAGUAUAGUAAGCUUAACCGAGCGUCACGCGAAAUUUGGUAGAACUAAUUUUGACAGCAUUUUUCAUCAUAGCGCUCGUGUAAGGAAGUAAAAAUCUUUAAAAAUCUUUCGUUUUGUCAUAUAUGUUGAAGAUUACUACAAACAAACCCAAACGCAGUUUAUAGACCAGUCCCCCUUGGCAAUCUGAUGUCCGUGUUGACCGAAGUGAUGAUGAUCAUAACUAGACGACAGGUCGUUUGCCAUCUCCGACGGGUUCCUACCCUACAUAUGGUUAAGGUCGCUAUUAUAGUAUAGCACGGCAGAUAUUAGGACCAUUUAUACAAGCGAAAACAAGUCCCGGCCUAAAUAUAUAAGCCGCGGCUUAAAUAAGUCGCGAAGAACUCGUAUAAACAGUCAACUUGUUCACAAGCCGCGGCUAAAAUAAGCCCAGAGUUGAAAGCUAGACCUAAAUAAGUCGCGCUUAUUGCAAAUUGACUGUUUACACGAGUUCUUCGCGACUUAUUUAAGCCGCGGCUAAUUUAUAGGCCGCGACUUAUUUCCGCUCGUAUAAAUGGUCCUAUUAUGUCUCACCCUGCAUUGCGUAAUCCUAGAACUAGGUGGGAUUAAAAAAUCGAAGCGUCACGGCAUUUGUACCCCGGGGUAGAAAUGGUAUAAUAUAAUGUACUAUUUAAAACACGAGAAAUUGGGGAUGGGGGGUAACACUAGUCCGAUUUCAUGUCCAGCUUAUAAUUCGCAAUCUAAUAACUGAAGACGCGGCAUUCUUGACCGAAUUAUGAUGUUAUAAUCUUCUGAAUUUUGUAAAAUCUCACCCCAAAAUGCACGAAAUGGCUCUGAAUUGCAAAAGUUUCGUGUAUUUCCUUAGGAUUCUGGAGAAAGAUUGCCUCUAAUAAAUGCGUUGGAGCCAGGAACAACCAUUAUAAAGAGUUUACAUACACUGGACCAAACACUUUCAUUAUUGCCAUGAAAAUGGUACACAAGAAAGGCAGGAUUGGAUGCCAUGGCGCAGGGUAUACAUAUUGGGGAUGCAGCAGUGGUGGUUCUACAAACAUUAUUGUCACAGGUAAACUAUCAGAGGUCCAAUUAGGGUCAUCGUAUUGAUGCAUGCAGUGUUACUACAGAAGGAAACCUAAACCAAACUAACUUAAUUUCUAAUGGAUAGCUCUAUCUGUUCUAAAACGUUCUACCUGGAGACCCAGGAAGGAUCAUCUCUUAUACCUGUGCCACAGAGGUAAAAGGCACAUGCACUUUAUACUACUCAUCAAGGCACUAGAAACCAAGGCCCACCUCCUAGAAAAUCUCCACCCCCUUGACGUCACAUGAGUUGAAGUAAUAUAAUAUAAUUUUAUGUGAUUGAGUGUUGUUUAUUUCAGAUACAAGAAACAAACGCAUCUACCCUUCCCCAACAUUGAUAAGCACUCAUACUGGUGGAUGGUAUGAUUUGCCUGGCUACGAGGCGAAUUCCCCAGAGCUCGUGUUCUCUGACCCAGGAUUUCGCUACCUGUACAAACGCCAGAAGAUGAGAAUCUGGUAUGGAGAAGAUUUGCACAACUACACAGAGGGAGACAAUCAUGGAUUCACAUGCAUGGAUGUAUAUGUUUACAGUCCAAAUUUUUAAUUUGGCCCAGAACUG